AUGACUCAGGUUUUUCUUUCCGGUGCCAAUGGGUUUAUCGGAGCCCAGAUAGCAAAACAUCUUGUUGAAAAAGGAUAUGAUGUGAUUGGAAGUGUUCGAUCAACAGAAAAAGGCGAAAAGUUGAAGAAACAAUUGGGGCUGGCAUUUACAUAUGAGGUGGUUCCUUCUUUUUUAGAGGAGGGGGCUUUUGACACGGCUUUGAAAAAGCAUCCAGAGGUGACUGCGUUUUUGCAUUCGGCCUCUCCUGUUAUUUUCCAGUCAGACGAUCCUGAAAACGACGUGCUUUUGCCAGCAAUCCAGGGAACAUUAAACGCAUUGAAAUCAGCACACCAGUAUGGGCCGAACAUCCAAAAGUUCAUUUACACGUCGUCCCUGGCGGCAAUGUAUGACUACAGAAAGAGGGUCAACGUCACCGAAAGUCUGUGGAACGACGUGACAUAUGAAGAAGCGAAGAAAAAUUCUGGUUCUCUAUACGGAGGCUCCAAGACUUUUGCUGAGAAAGUGGCCUGGGAAUUCAUUGACAAAGAGAAGCCUUCCUUUACUUUGACUACCGUUAACCCUGUCUAUGUGUUUGGGCCUUUGGCUUUCGACGAUGACGCUGUGGAUUCCUUCACUUCUUCGUCGAGUUAUUUGCCCAAAGUUCUCAAAACCAAAAAGAACGAGUCUGUGUUUGAAGCCAAGGGCACAGGCGUCGACGUGAGAGAUGUGGUGGCACUACACAUUGCUGCGGUAGAAAAUGAUCUUUCAGGAAAGAGAUUGCUUGCUUCUUGUCAGUAUUGGGAUACGCAGAUUAUGUUGGAGUUUAUCAAAAAAACCUAUCCCGAACUCGGCAAGGACUUGCCUGAGGGAAGUCCAGGAAGCAUCGAGGAGGGAAGAAACAGUGUUCUGACAUUUGACAACUCCGAGACAACGAGGUUGGUGGGCAUCAAAUGGACUCCUCUAGACAAAUCGUUCAAGGACGCCGUUGACCAGAUUCUCAGAGCCAAAGAGGGAAGAUAG